CUCUACAAGGAGCGCGUUCCCUGGCCGGGUGGUUCGGUGCUGCUCGGGCAAGAGGCCGAUUCGGGCAGAUAAAACAGUGAAGUCUUUAACUGCUCCAGAAGAAGAGGAUCUGGAAGGAAAAUGUCUCUGGCAAAGAAGUAUCAGGCACAUGAUACUGCAGAGAUUCAAAGUCAGAAGUAAAUCAACUGGACAGUUGCCUCCUGCCUUCCUAAAUAGGCAAACAUAUUAGCAACAGAAGAAGGGGCCUACCUACCUCAUUCCUGGAGAAGGUGGGUUUGCUGCUGUGGAUGCCUGCCUCGUUUGCUUCACCAAAAUGAAUUAGGGCAUGCAGGAGAGAAGGGAGACUUUUGCAAGCAGAACCUAUCAUGAUUUCUCAGGGGACAAAAUUUUGCUUAUUCAUACCUUUUACUGUGGCAAAAAUGGAUUCUUUUCCUCACCAAAACCCAGCAGCAUAACACCCAUCCAACACCUGCCUCAAGGAACUCUUAUUUAAAGUCCAUUUUUAUUUCCCUGUAGCUGUGGUGCAAGCAAGAGCCAACCAACAUCAUCUGCUGCCAAUAGAAAAUCUCCAUGCCAGACCUUACCCUGGGCAUGAGAUGGAGACCUUUUAGCCAGCCAGUGAGUCCAACUACUGCUGCAUGUCUGGCAGCACCUCUGAAUGAUCACAUGACUCUUGAUAUGGAUGCAGUCCUGUCAGACUUUGUUCGGUCCACAGGGGCAGAACCAGGUCUGGCCAGAGACUUACUAGAAGGCAAGAACUGGGACCUGACAGCAGCUUUGAACGACUAUGAGCAGCUGCGGCAGGUGCACACGGCCAACCUGCCCCAGGCGUUCAACGAGGGCAGGUUUUACAAGCAGCAGGAGCCAGAGCAGCCUCCCCAGGUGACCAAGGCUGAGAGGCCCUGCCUGCAAAGGCAGGAUGACAUUGCCCAAGAAAAGCGUCUCUCCAGAGGGAUUUCCCAUGCCAGCUCAGCCAUAGUGUCCCUUGCUCGCUCCCAUGUAGCCAAUGACUGCAGCAAUGAGCAGUUCCCUUUGGAGAUGCCCAUCUACACAUUCCAGCUGCCAGACCUGAGCGUGUACAGCGAGGACUUCAGGAGCUUCAUUGAGAGGGACCUAAUUGAGCAGGCCACCAUGGUGGCAUUGGAGCAAGCAGGACGCCUCAAUUGGUGGUCCACAGUGUGCACCAGCUGCAAGCGCCUGCUGCCCCUGGCCACCACGGGUGAUGGAAACUGCCUCCUGCAUGCUGCCUCUCUAGGGAUGUGGGGAUUUCACGACCGGGACCUUGUGUUACGGAAAGCUCUCUAUACUAUGAUGAGGAGUGGAGCUGAAAGGGAAGCACUGAAAAGAAGAUGGAGAUGGCAACAGACUCAGCAAAAUAAGGAGUCAGGUUUGGUAUACACAGAGGAGGAGUGGGAGCGCGAGUGGAACGAGCUGCUCAAGCUGGCGUCGAGCGAGCCGCGCACGCACUUCAGCAAGAAUGGGGGCACUGGUGGCGGGGUGGACAAUGCAGAAGAUCCAGUGUAUGAGAGCUUGGAAGAAUUCCAUGUUUUUGUCUUAGCCCACAUCUUGAGAAGACCGAUUGUUGUAGUAGCAGACACAAUGUUACGAGACUCGGGGGGAGAAGCAUUUGCACCGAUACCAUUUGGAGGAAUUUAUUUGCCACUUGAAGUUCUGCCAAACAGAUGCCAUUGCUCACCUCUUGUCCUGGCCUAUGAUCAGGCCCAUUUCUCUGCUCUUGUCUCCAUGGAACAAAAAGACCAACAGAGAGAACAAGCGGUGAUCCCCCUGACUGACUCUGAACACAAGUUACUGCCUUUGCACUUUGCGGUCGAUCCUGGCAAAGACUGGGAGUGGGGAAAAGAUGACAAUGAUAACACCAGACUGGCCAAUUUGAUUCUGUCUCUUGAGGCAAAGCUUAAUCUUCUGCACAGCUACAUGAAUGUAACCUGGAUCCGCAUCCCCUCUGAGACACGGCAGGCCCCUUUGGCUCAACCAGAAUCCCCUACAGCUUCUGCUGGAGAAGACGUGCAGUCUCUGGCUGACUCCAUGGACUCAGACCGAGAGUCCAUCUGUAGUAAUUCCAAUGGCAAUAACGGCAAAAACGGUAAAGAAAAAGAAAAGGACAAACAAAGGAAAGAUAAAGACAAAACCAGGACGGAUUCAGUUGCCAAUAAAAUAGGAAGCCUCAGUAAAACCCUGGGAAUUAAACUGAAAAAGAACAUGGGUGGUCUUGGAGGUCUGGUGCACGGGAAGAUGAGCAGAGCCAAUUCAGGGAAUGGAAAAAAUGGUGACACAGUAGAGAAAGUCAAAGAGAAGAAGUCCAAGUCUCGCAAAGGGAGCAAAGAGGAAUCUGGACAGUCUGCGAGCACGUCUCCGUCAGAGAAGACCACUCCAUCUCCGACUGACAGAGCCAGCAGCUCCCCCACUGAAAAGGUGAACACUAAACCCUUUUCUGACAAGCAGUCUGACCCAUGGAAGUACAGCACAGACGUGAAACUCAGCCUAAAUAUUUUGAGAGCUGCCAUGCAGGGUGAACGAAAGUUUAUUUUUGCUGGCCUUCUUUUGACCAGUCACAGGCAUCAGUUCCACGAGGAGAUGAUCGGCUAUUACCUGACCAGUGCCCAGGAGCGCUUCAAUGCAGAACAGGAACAGAAAAGAAAGGAAGCUGAGAAAAAGGCUGUGCUGAAUGGCUCCUCUAGUAGGAAACUGGAGCCAGAGGCAUUUUCAAAAGAAAAAUUAGAACCAUCUCCUCAGGAUAGGGCAUCACCCGUCUUACCUCAAAGCCAUACGACCCAACUGGUUUUAAAGUUUAAAGACCGCACUAGUCCCACUCCCGGGUCCUUUUCUUCACCCAGCAACGGUGCCAAGAGAAGCGGCCCCAUCCCGGUGUCUGCCCACUAUAGCCAUACCCCCCCCGUUCAAAGGCAAAGUGUCAUCCAUUUGCAUGACGUCAACUCCAAGCCAUCGAGCUUCCAGGAUGAUACCUACAAGCCAGUGGUUGGCACCCUGAAAACCUGUGCCACCUACCCCCAGCAGAACAGGUCGCUGUCCUCGCAGAGCUACAGCCCCGCACGGCUGCCCGGGAUGCGCACGGUGAACACGGUAGAGUCGCUGAGCUACGCCAGGCCGGCCGAACACAAGUCCCAGACCUACACCAAUGGCUUCAACACCGGGGACGUCAGAGACUGCUUGGAGUACGCUGACGAGGACGCUCCUCAGAGCUGGCUGAACAACGACAAAAACCAAGGCAGAAGCACAGUUUGCCCAAUAUAUUCCAUCCAGCAGAACCGCUGUAAGAAGGAGAACUGUUCCUUUUAUGGUCGUCCUGAGACUGAAAAUUACUGUUCCUACUGCUACAAAGAGGAGUUAAAGCGCAGGGAGAGGGACAGCAAGGGACACAGGCAUUGAGGAUUCUUCCAUGACUACUUAGUUUUACCAUUUUCUUACUUACAAAGUAAACAGUGUUGGAUUGCAGUAAAAGGAAUCCUUAAAGAAUAAAGGAUUGAUGAGUAAAUAGUGUCUAGCUCUUCGCUUUUCUGGGGCAAUGAGGAAAUAAUAGGAAUAAUUUAUCAUAAAAAUAUUAUUUUCCAUUUUGUCAGUGUCUUUUUUACAUGUACUGGUAAGCUGAAGGGUUGUUUACUCCUUUGUCAGUGCAGUGUAUAUGUUUGGUCAAAAGUUUACUAAUGGUGCCUGAAUUUACACUGACAUCACUCAGGUAGUAGAAUGAUAGGGGAACGUCAUACUAGUGAAGAUGUGGUGUUGUAGUAGGGUAGUAUCUGCCUUGCAGACAUUUGAACUUAUAUAGGUAUAGAGUAUUUUUUCCUUAGUAAAACCUAAAUUUUUCAUAGCCUUUUUUUUUAGGAGGGUAGUGACUUUGCAUACUGCACAUUUUUAACAUGGCAGCAUAUUGCAUUGCUACUAAUGUUUGUAUAUUUCAGUCUGAAAUUGAGUGAUUUGAGAAAAAUGGGAGUGAAAGGUCUGAAUUCAUGAGGGCUGUAGGUCAUCUUAAUUUUCAGUUCUUACCAAUUAUUUCUAAAUUUUCAUUGAAAAAAAAAAAGUAGAUUUGAGCCACUUUUGUUUGCACUGAGUUUUUAAAGAGGUUUUAUAAGAAAAUUCAAUAUGACUUCAUGUCCCCAAGCCCCCACACCAUAUAGUUCUGCACACCUGAAUUUCAGAAGUAUUUCUGUUGAUGUUAAAAUACAGAAAAAUAUUACAAUAAAAUAUUUUUAAAAAUUACUAGGUAUGGAAAAUUUGAUGACCAGCUAGGAAAUUUAGGAUCAUUUUAGACUCCAACUGCUUGCCAAAACCAAUGCAAUGCAUCAAGUUAUUGCCUUAGUUAGUGCAUGAACCUAAUCAUUAUUUACUUACUCCUUCUGAACAUUAUUGAGUGAUAAUUAUUGCAAGUGUAACUACUUGAGCCUUUCUUGAAGACUGUUGGCUCCUCCUCUUUUCAAGUCUCCUAGAGUGAGUCAUCUCCCCCACCAGGAGGCUCCCAGAUGGCUGUAAAAUGCCUCCAGCAGGAAUGGCAGCUCCUUGCACAGAUUUGCACAAGUCUGAGAUCCAAAUAUUUACAUGUUUGCAAUACUUCUGAAAAUAAAACUUUGCUCACAGAAGCAUAUCUGCAAAGCAGACACUGCAGAUACUGUUGAAGUAGAUGGAUGCCAUGAGGAAGUUUUCUAGGAUACAGCUCUGGGUUUGCACCCCUCCACCAUCAGCUGGCAGAAUGCAGAACAGGAGCUCUUUGGUGUUGUUACCCUUGUGAACAAUGGCUCAUUUUAAGAGCCAAUUUUGCAUAACAGGUGAAAGUACUGCCUUCAGGGCUGCUGACUCUGCCACCUCAAGGUGCAGAACAGGAGUUCUGCCCUCCUCAUUAGGGAAUAACACUUUUCUGACCCACACAGGAAAGAUUCUUUGCCAAAGAGUCUCCAUUUCUGAUUAUUUGCUUGUUGCAACCCAAUUUUAAUUCUUGACAACGGUGGCACCGUUGCAUACAGUUAAUCCAAAUUAACCCUGAAACCAAGUCCCCUGUGAAACAAGAUGCACAAACUUCUGCUGCUGUGUCCUGGCUUUCAGAAAAAGCAUGUGAGCUUUUCCAGUCUCCCAGACUGGUAGAACUGAGAACAUACUUAAAAUUGACCAUAUUUUUAGGUUUUCUGCUGAAUGGGAGUUUUCAAA